AACAAGGCUUCAGUAAGUCAAAUGCUAUGUAACUGAACGGAGUGAGCACAGAAAAUAUAUAUAAAAAAAAUAUUUACGACUAGUAUCAUAAAUAAAAUAUUUAAAAUGUUCUGAUAUAAAAAGAUAAAAAUAUAAAUUAAAAAAAGAACCUCGAAAUGUCUCUAUUUAACAGAAAUUUAACUUGAUUACUUUUAAAAUUGAUUAUACUAUUUUCAUUCAAUAAAUAAUUUUCAAAAUGCAUGCGUGGCCAGGAAGUGGUGGAGACAUCAUGGGACCAACGGUCGCUCGUACAGCGAGCUCUAAAAUAAACACCCCUCCACUUAAAAAUGGAAGCGAUUUACGAGAGUCAGGCUACUUGAUAGCUGUCGGCUCAAGAACUGCUAGAUUUCGACGGAGACAUAUGAACAAAAUGUUACUAUUAUUAUUAGCUACAUUAAUUGCCUUAUUAUUUAUAGCGUUAUUAGUUUUUAUAAUUUUAUAUGUAAAGGAAAAGUUUCAUAAACCAAUAAGACUGUGUAAAAGCAAAGAAUGCCUCCGGUCUGCCGCCAAUCUAGCUCUCUCAAUGGACAAGAACGCAAAUCCUUGUGAUGACUUUUAUCAGUUUGUAUGCGGCAACUGGGCACAAGACCAUCCGCGUCCAGAUGCGUACCGUUCGUACGACUGGUUCAGAGACAAACAGAGCAAAGUGUACGCAUUAGUGCGGGACUUCCUCGCUAAGAACAUCAGUGAUCAGCCACUGCCAGUGCAGCAAGCUAAAGAUUUGUACACUGCUUGUAUGGAUACCGAAAAACUAGACAAGCUUAGAUUGAAACCAGUCUUGAAAAUUUUAGAUACCUUAGAUUUGCCUCACUAUCCUACUUAUAUAAAUUUGACUGAAGAUUUUGACUAUUCCACUUACAACUUCAACUGGCUAGAUACAGUAAUCAAAAUCAAAACUCAAUUAGGAAUGGACGUCCUGAUUGGUUUUGACAUAUUCACAGAUCCUAAAAAUUCCUCAAUUUAUAGACUUGUAAUGGGAUCGCCAGAGACUACAAAUCCUUUUCCAAGCAUGCAUAACGACAAAAAGAAACAUAUUGGAUAUAAAAAUAAAAGACCAUUUAAGAUACUGACAGAUGAUGUAGUUCUAGACGAAACAUUUGUAUUAAAUAAUGAACAAGUAGAUAAUGGAGAAGAAAAGAAGAAAGGAGACGAUGAGAAAACAGAACAUAUAUACAAAUUAUUCUAUGCUGAACUAAUGAAACUAUUCGUUAUAGAAACGGGUGAAAUAAAAGAUUCAAAAAUAGGUGAAGUUGAAUUAGAUCAGAACAUUAUUUUGACUGCAAAUGAAUAUUUUAUGAUUUACAACGAUGUGUAUGAGCUAGAAACCAACAAUGAUACAGAAAUUGACAGCGAUGACUUUUUGCACAUACCAGAAUAUACUGUCGAUGAAAUACAAACACACACCGACAUGAUAGUUGAAAACAACAAUGGCACAGCACAGCCCAUAUGGAAGGAAUAUUUAGAAGGAGUUUUUUGUAUUAGUAAUGUGACUCUAAACUUUGAAACAGAUAAAAUUCUCAUAUCUGAGUCCGACAUGAAAUAUCUGGGCCUAAUUGCAGCGUACCUUUCUAAUACACCUCCGGUUGUUAUUGAGCUUUAUAUUUGGGUAAAGGUGGUAGAAGUAAUGGCUGCACACACGACAAAGGAGCUGAGAUUGUUGUACCAACGUUCAUAUGAUGACAUGCGAACCCACCGUCCAGAGUCACCGUCACCACCUCGCAGUCUACAGUGCGCCAGCGCAGUCAAUGAUCUAAUGGGAAUGGCUAUAUCAUACGCUAUUGUUGAUCCUCACUUCCAUAAUUUCACCAGACCUAAGAUCCAAAUAAUGCUCGAUGAAAUAAAAAACGCCUUAGCACAUUUAGUCGGUAAAACAAAAUGGAUGGAUGACGACACAAAAUUAGCUACUUAUCAGAAAAUAAUACAAAUGAAAACCUUAAUUGGGUUUCCGGAUUGGUUCUAUGAAGAAGGAAGACUAGAAGAGUUCUAUGAAGGCAUAGAAGUAAACACUGAUACACAUUUAGAUAAUAUGAUAAAUAUAAUUCAAGUGAAAAUUAAGAAAGUAUUGAAUAAAUUUCGUAAUGGAAACAAUUAUACAUGGGCGACAGAUCCAACGGAAGUAAAUGCUUAUCAUACAUUUCAAGAAAAUACAAUAACUGUACCUAUGGUGAUGUUACAGUAUCCAUUUUUUAAUUUAGGACUUGAUUCCCUCAAUUACGGUUCUUUGGGAACAGUACUUGGUCAUGAAGUAACACACGGCUUUGAUAAUUUCGGUCGUCAAUUCGACAAAAAUGGCAAUCUUCUACCGUGGUGGACAAACGACACCAUAGACUCAUUCGUGAACAUGACUCAAUGCUUUAUCGAUCAGUACUCAGCUUAUUAUCUACCAGAAUUAGAUGAAUAUUUAGACGGCAAAAAGACUUUAGGAGAGAAUAUUGCCGAUAACGGAGGCGUAAGAGAAGCAUUGCUGGCACUAAAACGUCACUUACAUAUGUAUGGUCCUGAAGAAAAACUGCCUGGCUUUGAGCAUAUGACUUCGGAACAGUUAUUCUUCUUAUCUUACGGAAAUUUAUGGUGUGGAGUUUCUACCAGGGACUCCUUAGAAGCUGAUCUAAACGAUGAGCACUCGCCUCAGAAAUUCAGAGCUCGGGGUGCGUUGCAGAACAAUGAAGAAUUUGCCAAAGCCUGGCACUGUCCUCCCGGUUCUCCAAUGAAUCCCACUAAAAGAUGCAUAAUUUUCUAAAUAAAUACAACCUAUAAUUCCAGUUUCCCAUUGUUUGUGGUUAAUUAAAAGAAACCUUCUCACUAUGUGUGGGAUACAUUUGGUGCCUACCUAUAGAUAUUUUUAUAGUUAAUUAAAAUUAUCUCUGACAUUAAACUCUUUACUUAAUCUAUGAGUGAGUUCUGUGUUGUGAAAAUAUAAAUAUCCAGCAUCUUGCCUAUUAUAAUAUAAGAUCAAAUAUUCAUUUUUAUAAAAUAAAAAAGUCUUCACUGUAUUCAAUUUAUGGUUCAAUUUGUAUUUCUUUGGCUAAUAAAAUAAAAUAAUUAAAAUGA